CAGUUCACCAAGAAACUCGGGCUCUAGAUGCUUGCGGUUAGAUACGGGGCUACACACUACUCAUUCUCGUAUACCAAAUAUCUGCCUUUUGAUUCCAUCGAUCGUUCGGCGCCCAAAACAGCUUCGGGGAAGUUUUGGUAUGUGGGAACUUCCGGAAUCGAAUCUUCGUUGUCGUCCGAGAUGGCGUUAUCUAGGUAGUGUAACGAUAAUCCACAUCCCGAACGACUUUGGGUUUUAUGCAAUGCAGACAGACGUAUGCUUUCAGACUCCGAAGUUCGGACUGCUCAAAACAGGAGGAGGCGUAGGACAGACGACGCAAAGCCGUGCAACACAAGAUACAAGUCUGCUCUCAGCAGCCUGGUUGGGCUCCCAUACCGCCGCGGCUCAGGCGGGCUCCUCGAAUAUCCGGACGAGAAGCAAUAUCACGAAAGGCGACUGCUCAAUGGCUAAAAACCACCAGAGAAGAAAAAGAAGGCUACGAGCCCAGGAUAUUGAGUAA